CGCUUGCAACGGCUGCCCAAAGAAACCGCAAGGAGUAAAGGAAUGUUUCAUUUCUUAUUAAGGGGGGGGGAGCGCGGCUUACAUCUAUUUUAUCCACGUGGGAAGGAACGGGAGAUGCGCGCUUUCUGGGUGCAACCACUUGGAAAAGAGAAGCGGGGGGAAGAGUCGUGCGGCGGUGCCUGGAGGCUGGAAGCAGCCCUCAGGGUUUGGAGAGGCGCGAGGGCGUUCAGCCUCAGGUGUGUCUUCGCCUACAAAUCCCAGCGACCUCAGCUGUGGGUGGCCUUUCCUUCUUCACUCCACCCCACCGUCUUCUUCGCCAGCUGGGAAAGGGCCAGACAGCCUCCUGCCCUCCCUAGAGGCACAGCGGUAGGAGCAGCAGGUGGCUGCGCCCGCCCGGCCGGGAGAGAGGGACGCCGGCUCUGUCUUCCGACUUCCGCGUUCAUCCUCUCCGCGCUGUCCCACCGGGCUGAGGCGGGCAUGGCUGAGUCCGAGCUGAGCCAGGCUGCCGUGCUGAGCUUCCUGCAGGAGCACGGCGGCAAGGUGCGCAAUUCGGCACUGGUGAGCCGCUUCAAGCCGCUCCUGGAAUCGCCUGGCGGGGAGCCCGAAGACCGAGCCCCCCUCCGCGAGCGCUUCAAGCGCCUCGUCAACAACGUGGCCGUCGUGAAGGAGCAAGACGGAGUCAAGUUCGUGGUGCUGAAGAAGAAGCACCUACGCGCCCUGGCGGAGGAGGAACCGAGCCCGGAGCCCGCCGGGGGGUGCUCUUGCGAUACGGAGGAGGAGGAGGAGGAGGAGGAGGAGGAAGGCACAGCCUCUUUGGCGCCCACUUGCCAUGCCAGCUCAGGGGGUGCUCCUUUCCCACCAGAGCAGGAGAGUGGGCUCGAGGGGAGCCUGGCAGUGCCUGUGUCCCAGUUGAAGAGCCUCUUUCAAAAGGAAGGCAUGGAGGUGCCCAAAGCCCCUCGUGGCCAAGAGAAGUUGGCUCCUAAAGCUGCCCUUCAGAAACCUUGUAUGUUGCCAGUGCGCUGUGUACUGCCUUCCAGCGGUGCAAAGGAACCCAAAGUCCCGACACCUGGGCAGCAGCAGCCUGAAGUCAAAGACUGGCUCCAGGAGGGGUCCUCUGCCAUCACUCCCUCCACGUCCCCCUAUACAAAGAGGCGUCAGUUUGAUGAGACGGGGACCAGCUCCCCUUACCCGAGGAGGGUGCCAAAGUCACAAAAGGUGGGCGAGGAAGUGGACUGUGCCGCUACUGCUGUUCCACUGGAAGCUGCUGAGCACGAGUGGCUGGUGAAAGCCACAGCUGGCCAGUGGUCCCAGCAGCUUCAUGGUCUGUUGCUGAGUGACAAGAGCCUGGCAAGCAAACGAGACUUCAUGACUGGCUUUACUGUUCUGCACUGGGCAGCUAAAAGUGGAAACUGUGAUAUGUUGGGUAAAGUCAUUGAGGUGGCUGAGAAAGGUGGCGCUCAUGUCAAUGUGAACUCCAAGUCCUAUGGAGGUUAUACCCCACUCCAUAUCGCUGCUAUACAUGGGCAAGAAGAAGUCAUUGCCCAGUUGGUCAGGGAUUACAAUGCCAAUGUUAACCUGAGAGACUACAGUGGGAAGAAGCCAUUUCAGUAUUUAAAAGAAGGCUCCUCUUUUGCAGUCAGGCAUCUCUUGCGGGACCCUAAUCUUCACACUGUCUCUGGACACAAUGCCUCUGUUAAGAAGAAUGCCAAAGUGGCUGCUUCUAUUCUGAGUUCUACCAGCACUGUCCUGGGGCUUCUGUCUGAUGACACUGCUUUCUAUGAGCUAACCAAAGGCUUAAAGAAGCCUGCUUCGUUUAACAAGUUCCUUAAUGCAGCCACAGCCCCAAGGAGGAAGCUGAAGUCCAGAGGGACUUUCUCCUCCUAUUCUUCCUUGUCUGAGGCUGUGGAGGAAGAUCAGGAGGAAGCCACAACAAAACGUAGACCAGUUUCAGAGUUGUUUUUUGGUCACUAGUCUCUGCCUUGCUUAAAUCAAAUAAUAUGAAUACUGAAGCAGGCAUACGUUGGUGGUUCUUGCACAGAAAUACGUUUACCUUUGCUUUUUUGAAUGUAUUUCUCAUUAGCAAGUCCAAUGCAAGGACUGAAGGAACAGAUUCUCUAUAGGGUUGUAUCUGAACAUAGACAAAUGUAGCCUCACACAUUUCACUCAGAACAGUUUCACUGAGAAGAAAAAGUUACCCUUACUAAAUUGAUGUGAAACUUCAGAAAUGGUUUUGGUUUGUUGGUCUGUUUUGAUGAGUAAGUUCAAUGUAGGAUCUUCAGUUAACUUAACUGGAUGCAAGUUCCAUUAAAAUCAAUUGAGCAAGUAACGAUUCAUCCCAGGCAUGACUGCCCGGAAGUAAGCCAAUGGAACUUACUCCCAAGUGAGUAUGUAUAGGACUGCAGACUUGGACUAAAGGCUCUUACUUGGAAGUAAGUCCCAUGGAAAACAAGGGGCUUCCUUUUGACUAAGCAUGGAUAGUACUGGGUCUGUAUCUGAAAAGGAAUGGCAUAAAAGUGUCAAUUUCUGACGGUUACCACUGCACAUAAAGCAGAACAUCUUGAAUUAAAAACACUGUGUUUAGUUCACUGCAUGCAUAUUUUUAAAGAACAAAAUGUUUGCCUUAUAGUCUCUUAAAAUCUUCUGACUGGGAAUAAAAAGCAUUUCUGGGGAUUUGUUACUUCCUAGCCAGCUCUGCUAAAAGAGAUUAAUGAGUUAAUUAAAAGAAGUGCUCCCUUCCUAAUGCUAUGCCAUAUUUAAUAUUGAAAAUGUUGAACUCGCUCUAACAGUUUGCAUUGGAUGCAGUUCUUAUGAAAGCCACCUUACGUUCACAGGAUCUGUGAUUCCUGUCAUUAAAAAGCCAGGAAAUGUUAUGUUACUGCAGUAAAUCUGCACUUUGCUUUUUAAAGCCGAUGCCAGAAAUUCAAGAUGUUGAUUUUAUAUUAUAGUUUUAAUUAUGUUUGAAAAGGGAGAAUACAUAAUUUUAGUGGCAUGCUGGAGAAGAAGGGCAUCUUACUUUUUGAAAAAGAAAUGUCAUAUAGCAAGUAUUUGUCUAUUGGUUUACUACAUGCAGAAAACUAAGUAAUGAAAUUAAAGAACUAGCUUUAGCCAACUGAAAAAGAAAAGAGAAGAAAAAACCCUAGCAUCUCUACCUCAAUGUUACAUUUAUAUUAAAGUAUCAACUCAGGCUGAAUUCCUAGGUCCACUUACCUGGGAGUGAGCCCCACUGAGUUCAGUAGGACUGAAUUCUGAGCAGACAUGGUUAGGAUUGCAGCCUGAGGUAUGUCUUGUUUUAUUCAGAGAAUCUAUAUAAUGCUUGUUGCAAACUAGUAAAAUACUGUGCAAUUCUAAAUACCAUGACAAUGUGAUGAAAUAUACAGUCCUUUUUCCUUUCAGAAGAUAAUUUUUUUAAAGUGUAACAACAGGUAAAAAUCUACUUAGGGUACAUAUUUUUAUAUGAGGAAUAGACUAAUGGAAAUGUAACUCUUUGGACAGUUAUUUUUAUAUUGCAUACUUUAUAAAUACUGAUAUGUUUUUGGUACCUUUACAGUGAGGACCUUUUAUUUCAACUAAGACUGGGAAUAUUGGAUGUUCUAUCAGCCAUCUUUAAGCAUGCAAAAGAAGUGUGCAUCUCAGUUAUGUAAAUAAGUGGUGUACAGUGUGUCAAGUGAUGUUUUAAGGAAGACAUUGUGGCUCUGUAAAAAUCCAUACAUUUUCAGCAUGAUGUCCAUCUUGAUUGGGUAAUGCUCUGCUUGAACUAAAAGCCUUUUGUGAAUACGGGUAAUUAUUGUCCCACUAUAAUAAAAAUUGUAUGGAUGAUUGUUUGGUGUAAAUUUAUUUUAAUACAAUAGACAUUCAGUGGAGUUGUAUGGAGACCUAUAACCUGAUUAUAUGACCUGAUUUGCAAGUCACAGUAAACCACAGUUAACUUUAAUACCAAACAAACAACAAGCUGUAACCAAGGUUUGUUCCUGCCUUACUGCUCAUGGUUUGUUUGGUGGAGG